AUGCUGGUCGAAUAUAUAGAUAAUGACAGAUUUAGCAUCUUUAUCAUAAUUGUAUUAUUGUCUUUGAUUUUCAGAACCCCGUUUGACUUCUUCUUCUUCUUCCAACUCAAACCAAGCAAAACCCAAAACCCUUCUCCUUACAGCAGUGUGUACAAAGCUCGUGACCUUGAAUCAAAUAAUUUAGUUGCCUUGAAGAAAGUUCGAUUUGUUAAUAUGGACCCUGAAAGUGUUUGUUUCAUGGCAAGGGAAAUUAUUAUUUUGCGUCGGCUUGAUCAUCCUAAUGUCAUGAAGCUUGAAGGUCUAAUUACUUCCGGGGCAUCUGGAAGCCUAUGUCUUAUAUUUGAAUACAUGGCGCGUGAUCUUGCAGAGCUUAUAGCAGCACCUACGAUUAAGUUCACUGAGGCUCAGAUAAAGUGUUAUAUGCAACAGCUGCUCCGAGGACUCAACCAUUGCCAUAGUCACGGUGUUUUGCACCGUGACAUUAAGGGCUCAAAUCUCUUGAUAGACUGUAAUGGAAACCUCAAGAUUGGUAAGUUUGGACUGGCAACAUUUUUCCAUCCCAAUCAGACUAAGGAUUUGAGUUGGAAGAAGGAGAAGGAUUUUGGGUUUUGCUUAGUUUGA